UGGGCCGUGGUGACGACGAUGUUUGAGCCUACUGUACUUGUGAAGCAACUUGCAGGGAUGAAAAAUUGGUGUGUGGUGGUUGUCGGGGAUAAAAAGUCCCCACCCACUUAUGAUAUCCCAAGUGACAACCUAGUAUUUUUGAGUCCAGAAGAGCAAGAAGCAUUGCCGUACCACAUCAUCCCUCUCCUAAGAUGGAACCACUUCGGUCGUAAAAACAUUGGCUUUCUUUAUGCCAUGCACCACGGCGCCGAAAUGAUCUAUGACACGGACGACGACAACAUCCUCAAAGUUGAUAGCGAAGGCAAUCCUUUCAUACCUGAUUUCAGCCUGGGCGAGCUUGCUACGUCGAAGGAUGUUGUGCGACCUGGUCAGUCCCACGUCUAUAAUCCCUACCCGAGUUUUGAUAGCGUGAACGUGAAGGAUGGGAGCCCUGCUUUCGUGUGGCCGCGUGGUUUUCCUGUGGAUCUCAUCACUGAUGCAAGCACCUGGAACGUCAGUCGCGGGGUGGAGGAAGGGACCCACGAAGGAGGAGUAAUUACCAUCGUGCAGAGCCUGGCCGAUCACGAUCCUGAUGUUGACGCCUUAUACCGUCUGACGAGUCACCUCCCCUUGAGUUUCCGCUCGGGAGGAAGGGCCAGAUUCGAGGUCAUUCCCCCGGGUGUUAUGACCCCUUUCAAUGCCCAGGCAACGGUCUUCGGCAAGGCCGCUUUCUGGGGUAUGCUCCUUCCCAUCACCGUGCAUGGGAGAGUGUCGGACAUUUGGCGCUCGUACAUUACCGGGAGGAUCAUGUGGGAAGCAGGGCAACGGGUGGCGUUUGCUUCACCGUUUGUCACGCAGUGUCGUAACCCCCACAGCUACCUGGCUGACUUCGACGCCGAGAGCGAUCUCUAUGAACGGGCGGGCGCCCUCGUGUCAUGGCUACUUAAAUGGCGCCCAGUCUCCCCCUACCUGGAAGGCAUGAUAGAGGAGAUGGCGGUAGCCAUGUACGAGAUGGAUUUCUUGCACGACCCUCUGGACGUGGACCUGGCAAUCGCCUGGAUCGAGGACCUUCGAGGCAUAGGAGUCGCUAUGCCCAACACACUAUCUCAGUCCGAUAGAGGCUAUCUUAGUCUCUAUGCCAAUAGAACGGACGGGCCUUUAAAGAUUAUCAAGAGCGAUAGAACCUGCGAGCAAGCCAGCGUAACUGAAUCUUCUCUCUGGGCGCUCCCUACCUCACCAACCCCCAAAGCAAGGAAACCCGUUGCCCUCAUGGUCAUGACAAAAGAUGACAUGAACCUCCUCUCGCGCUUCCUCGCAUACCACGGCGAUGUCUUUGGCUUUGAGAACAUUUACGUCUUCGACGGCAGCAUCGGUCCACAAAAGGCGUACCUAGACUCCAUUGCAGCGUUGUACCCUAUCCACGUCAAGCACAGCCUGGUGGACCUGAAUGGAAUCACCCAAGAGCUAGCACAAUGGAUCGACGAAAUCAAAGAUGGAUAUGAAUGGAUUUUCAAGGUGGAUACGGACGAGUUCUUGGUUGGCAAAGGCGGCGGAGACGAUGGGCCAGCAUUGACAAAUCCAGCACUUCUGCUCCCGGCGUCCAAUGCAUGGAACGCCACCUUAAGAGUGGAUCAUAUAUACAUUGCCGCCCCCGUGACAAGCGGAUCACCGACAGAGAGUGAGCGUUCCUCGAGCGUGCAGGCAAAAAAGUUCAAGCAGUUCUACAGCGGGGAGAAAUUUCAACCUAACUACUUCACUCUUGGAAGCCACGCAGGGGGUCUAUCACCAGUAGCGCCAGGUAUUGCCUUUGUGCAUUACCAUAGUCGUAGCUUUGAGGAUAAUGUGCGAGUGGCUACACAGACGCUUUUGGGACAUGGCUAUGUGAAGGCCACGGAUAGCAAGGAGGAAAUGAUCGAAAAGCUCAAGAAACUGGACGAGCGGCCCUCGUGCCGUCGAAAUUCUUGCCAUAAGAUCCCGAUUGUGCUUGAUGCCCUCACGAAGUACGAGGAGACGCAGCAAAAUUUUUAUGAGAACUCCAAGGCAUGGCCGACGAACCUGGUGGGGUUUCGGGAGCAUCUGCGUAAGAUAUUUGCAAAGUACCCAUCCAUAGUGAUUGAUUGAUCACGAGUCCGAGGCAAAAGAAGGGUGUUAUGCAUACAUUGGUAUUAAAAAU